GCCUGUGAGGUGAGCCGGACGCGGGCCGAAAGAAGACUGGAACCGGUGGCGCGGCCCAUCAAGUCGGCCAGCCCCACGACGGUUGCCGGCGAGGCCGAGAAGAGCAGAGAGGCCGACGGUUGCCGGUUGGAGCCUUUCUCUUCUCACUCCCUUUCGUAUACGCGCGGGCGCGGCAUCCCUCCCGCCUCCCCGAGCCGACGCGUAACAGACAAACUCAACGGCUUUUCUUCUCCCUUUCUCUCCACAAGAACUCCUCGCCGCCGAUCGACCUCCUCCGCCCGCCCAUGGCGUCCUCCUCCAACUCCGACUCCGACGGCUGGGAGCCUGCCCCCGCGCCCCCAGGAGCGUUUCCGCCCCCGCCGCCGCCGGCGGCGGCGGCUCCUAGACCUCGUUCCCAGGCUCCUCCCCGUCACCAAGCUCCUACACCUCCUCCUCCCCGGGCUCCUCCCCGUCACCCACAUCCAUCUCAUUAUCUCAACCAACCAUCGUACACGUACAUGGCCUCCUCCCUCUACGCCCGUGCGCCAGUCUUCAGGUCCGGGCCCGUCGCCCCCUUCCCGACGGAGAGCGAGUUGAUCGCGUCGUACCCUCAGAUCGCUUGGGGAGCAUUCAGGUUCCAGCCCCCGACCUCGGCGUCGGCGUCUGCCCACGCUUCCUCCUCCAAGGCUUCCUCGAGGACGGGGAGGGGGUCGUCGAUCACCGAGUUCGCGCCUGUGUCGUCCUCCACGGGGGCUUCGGCGAGCUCCGCGCCGACCGCUUCCUCCGCGCUCGCGGCUUCGCUUGCCUCGUCCUCGACCUCCACGGGGACUUCGGCGAGCUCCGCGCCGACCGCUUCCUCCGAGCCCCCCGCGUUCGCGCCUUCACUUGUGUCGUCCUCGACCUCGACGGGGACUAUGGCGUCUACUAUUUCCUCCGUGCCCUUGGCUUCUGUGCUAGCUCCAUCCUCCUACUCCGAGUCCGCGCCUCGUCACGAGCAGACAUCCUCGGGAUUGGCGUCGUCCUCUUUCUGCUCGCCAGCACCCACCCCGGUCGCACGAUUCUUGGCGUCCUCUGCGCCGGCAUCCGCCACGGUCUCUAGGCCCGUCGUGGUCGCCCCCUUCGCACCCCAGGCGUCGAUAUCCUUACGCCCCUCGACGACGCCCUUGGCUGCCCACCACACGUACUCGUCGUCCAUGGCUUCCUCGGAGACACAGCUGAUCACCUCGUUUGCGCCUGUGUCGUCCUCGACGGGGACUUCGGCGACCUCCGUGGCCUGCGCUUCUGCGCUCGCCUCUUCUUCAGCUUCUGGCCAGCCGGUGUGGAAUUCGAUGUUUUGGCCGGGGGAAUAUUGGGAGAGGCCGGAAGAAAUGAUAUACCCCCAGCCACAGUCCCAGCAGCAAAACGAAGAGCAUGUCGAGGAAGAAGCCGCUGACACAGAGCAGGAGGAGAUAGUGCACCGUGCAGUGGAAUGGGUUCUUGAAGAGCCCUAGCUAGCUAUCGGCGCUUAUCAUCAUCAUCACAUGCAUGCACCGAGUCAGAGACAAAUCCUUCAGUUCUUGGGAAAAGAUGAAUAGUUGAGCAGCUACUAGGCGGGAAGAGCCCUAGCUAGCUAUCGGCGCUUAUCAUCAUCAUCACAUGCAUGCACCGAGUCAGAGACAAAUCCUUCAGUUCUUGGGAAAAGAUGAAUAGUUGAGCAGCUACUAGGCGGGACUAGAUCUUAGGAUGCUUGGAUGUUGUACGAAAUGAAACACAUGUGAAACAAAUCUUCUGU